AUAAUUACCCGUGUGUUUUACUGCAGGUGUUUUGUUCAUGCUCCGCUGAUAUUUUCCAAAACGAGUCUUCUUGCUGAACAAAAGGUUUUUAAAAAUUUAGAUUGUUUUUGAGCGGUUUUGGCAAUAAGAUCAAAAUUCUCCUGCAAUCAUGCCCGUUUUUGGUUUUUUUUUAACCACUGAAACCACGAAAAACAGCUUUGAGGAUGAAUUUUUAAUCGGAUAAAUUAUUUUUCCAAUAUGUCAAACUACCCUUUUCCAGCUUCCAAGUUUGCUCAGAUUGCUAAAUUGAAUUAUUCAGAGUUGUUAUUCAAUAUUCAUCAUCCGUAUACUUGCAUUUGGACAGUUGAUAAGCAGCAUUGAAUUUCUUCUCGGGGGCACCCAUGUUUAGCAGAGAAAAAACUUGACAAACGAAGAACAUAUCGGGAAAAUUAUAUCAAUAUUUUAAUUGACAGUUUUUAUCAAUAUUUUAAUUUUUACACUAUUAUUAAUUUGAGUCACUUGCAUUUCACCCCAAAAACUUUUUGUGUCGCUGCAGUAUAUCGAUUUCUGUCUGCCUUCAGGUCUUUGAUUUUCAAUAUUCUAUUUUGAGCUCACGAGAAAAAAGCCGAAGUUUGUUUAAUUUUACUGGUGUUAAACUAAGAACCCCUCCGAACCGUCUGCAUCACUCGGAUCUUCGCCUACCACAUGCUGAUCAAUAAAGAGACUUGAUGAUAACUGAUCCAUAAUUUUCUGCUUGAACCAAGGGUGCAGUACAGCAAGUAAAGGCUGAAAAACUACUCAACUUAUCAAAACAAGCGCCAAAAAUUUAUGGCAAUGAGCAUGAAAGCUUUUUACAAAAAAUGUAUCAACUUGUUUUGACGUCUCAGCUGACAUCUCGUGAUUGUUUACGGGCAGCCUUAGACUACUAGUUUCAAAACAGGAUCCAAUCAUCGAAACUUCAAUCAUUGAAUCGAUUCGAGCAAAUCAACAGAAAAUAAACAUUUCAUCAGAUAAUUUUACACAUUUUAACGCCUGUAAAAAAUCGUAGUCCAAUUUUUCUCAAAAAAUGACUAACGAGUAUAUUGAUUAUUUUUUUACGCACAGGAUUGCAAUUUCCAAAAAAAUUGUUGAACAAAUUCCACAACAAAAAACAACAAUAUAAAAAAAAUUCCCUCGAAAAAAGAGAAACACGACAAACGACGAAUAAAAUUACAGCAGGUUUUACCAAAAAAAAGGAGAAAAACCGAACGUCCGAAACAAUUACAACAGAUAUACUAAAAAAAGGUGAAAAAGCGAACCAAGUCAAAGAUGACGACAACUUCGCCUAGCAACGUUACAGUUUUGUACCAGUGUCCUAGUGCGUACAAGUGCAGUGACAUCGGACUGGUUCUCCCUCUCAUGAAUGAAUCCGACUGGAGUGUGGUGUUGCGGAGUAUUCUUUACUUCCUCGGCAUGAUCUACUGUUUCGUUGGAAUUGCAAUCGUGUCUGACAUUUUCAUGUCGGCUAUCGAGACUAUCACUUCCACCACAAGAACAAUCAAGGUAGCUACAAUUGGUCCUGCGAAGUCAACAGGAGGCCCCAAGUCCAUCAAAGACAGCAAACCCGACUCGCCAGUUGCUGGAGUGGACCGGGACAGAGAACCGGAACAAGAGGAACUUCAGUUCAAAGAAGUCGAGAUCAAAGUGUGGAAUGACACUGUCGCCAACUUAACUCUCAUGGCUCUCGGCUCCUCGGCUCCCGAGAUCCUUCUCGCCAUCAUCGAGACCAUCGGCAACGGGUUCGAAGCGGGGGAACUUGGACCCGCGACAAUUGUCGGCAGCGCCGCCUUCAAUCUUCACGUCAUAACCGGAGUAUGUAUCUCUUCGAUUCCGAACGGCGAGAAGAAAACGAUCAAAGAAGGUGGAGUCUUUGUUUGUACAGCUGUAAUAUCUCUGCUCGCUUAUUUCUGGUUGUACGUCAUUUUGGGGCCGAUCUCGAAGAACGUUGUGGACGUUUGGGAAGCGGUGCUAACAUUGUGUUUUUUCCCGAUACUUGUGAUUUUGGCUUACCUGGUGGACAAAAAUUUUUUCUGCCUCGGAGGCAAAAAGAAGUCAAAAAUUGGAGUUAUGGACGAUGAAGAUGACUCACCAAUUGCAGCAGGUGUACUCUCCAUUUUCACCGACGGUCUCUACCUGUCGAUGCCUGCCAAUCACCACCUGGGCAAACGGAUGUCUGUGGACAAAGCCAAAGUAGCCCAAGUCAUGAAGUCAGUCGAAGACAAAAAUAUCAGCCCCGAAGAUGCGGCAGCUCUAGUCGCCCAAAAAAUACACGAAGAACGCCCACACAGCCGCGCCUACCAUCGUGCGUCGCGACGCAGCAUGCGCUCGACUCACUCUCUUGCUUCCAAAAUGAGUUCGGCCUCCAUCGGCCGAGACAUCGGCGGAGACCAACACGGAUCCGACGACGUCCGAGUGAAGCCCGACAACACAUCGAGUCGGAAAUGUGUCGUCGAGUUCACAGCUAACACUGUCUCGGUUUACGAAGGCGAGAAGAAAGCGCGAAUCGGGGUGAAAAGAGUCGGGAAUGUUUCGGCACGAGUGUCGGUCAAAUACGAGACGUGCAACGGGACAGCUGAGGCGGGAACUGACUUUGUCGCCCAAAAGGAUUUUCUGAUAUUCGAACCACAAGAGAAGCUUAAGUACAUAGAAAUCGACUUAAUCGACGACAGUCUAGAAGAGGACGACGAGACAUUCUUCGUGAAACUAUCUCUGGACAAACAACUCAGCAAGGGAUCCAACAACAACAACAACAACAGUAAAGAGAGGAACGAGAGCGGAAGUGCUGUCAUGGAACAUGCCACAUCCUCCCCGCCCAAAGUGCAAAUUGGAAGCAAUGCCAUAUGUACGGUCGUGCUCAUGAACGACGACGAACCAGGUCAGUUCGAAUUUGAGAGACCCAGUUUCCUUGUGAAAGAAAGCGUCGGCACAGCUCGCAUCCCCGUCAAACGACAGGGGGGCACGGAUGGUGCUUGCAGUGUACAAUGGCGCGCAAUUUUCGUAUCCUCCGGGCCCGGGGGAGGGGGCGACAACAAUUGGGGCGGACCCGAGGAGGGCAAAUUGAACUUCCAACACGGAGAGGCCUCUGGGUGUAUUGAGUUAAACAUAGUUGAUACAAGUAAGGAAAGAGCGAUGUCCGAGGCAGCGGCGGGGGAGGGGGACUUGUCGAGGGGGACUUCCCUGAUGAGUGAACAGGGGGCGGGGGACAAAAGUGUCCAACUGGUGCUGACAGAGGCAACUAAUGGGGCUAAGAUUGGGAAGAGGAAAAGUGCAGUUGUAACUCUGGUACCAGAUGACGAAUACGCAGGCGUACUUGACCGCAUCACUAAUUUGGCCAACAUUGACCUGCAGAAGCUGAACUUUGCCUUCCGCUCGUGGGGGGAACAAAUUCACGAGGCCAUGAAUGUCAACGGCGGGGAGUUCAACGACGCUCACUGGACCGACUAUAUCUUCCACGCAUUCACAUUCCUCUGGAAAGUCACAUUCGCAUUGCUAGUCCCCCCUCCUAAAUACCUAGGGGGGUGGCUGACGUUUGUGGUGUCCCUGACUAUGAUUGGACUCCUAACAGCGGUUGUCGGAGACUUGGCGGCUAUUUUUGGAUGUUUGCUGGGUCUGAAAGACCUGGUUACUGCAAUUACGUUUGUGGCACUAGGUACUUCACUGCCGGAUUUGUUUGCGAGUAAACAAGCGGCGGCUACUGACAAACACGCCGACAACGCUGUCGGAAAUGUUACCGGGAGUAACUCAGUGAACGUGUUUCUGGGUCUGGGUCUCCCCUGGACUAUGGCUUCCAUAUACUGGGCAUCCAAGGGGGAGAAGUUUAUCGUGAUCUCGGGUUCCUUCUCGUACUCUGUCGUGCUCUACUCGGGCACAGCAGUCGUGUCCCUCUUCAUCCUCGGCCUCCGUCGCUUCCUGCCUGUCUUCGGAAAUGCGGAACUGGGCGGACCCACUUUGCCCAAGUACAUCUCAUCUAGUGUCAUGCUAAUACUCUGGUUCCUCUAUAUCAUCUUCUCCGCUCUAGAGAGCUACAAUUACAUAGACGGAUUUUAAAAGGGGAUGAAAAAAUCAACAAGACAAGUUUAUGCUAACAAAGCGUUUAUUUAGUUUG